AUGACAAUAGAGCCUCUUAGAAUUGUAAAGAAGCAACAAAAUAAUAGUUCGCCGCCACAAUUACCUCAACCAAUUGGGAAUAUGCUUCAAGAUCUGGCGUUAAAUGAGCAGAAAGUAGAAGAUAGUGCAAUACAUGAACCAACCUACUGUUGUGUAAUUCAUUCAUUUUCUAUUGAACAGUCAGAUGCAUCGUACUUAAGAAUGGAACAGGAUCAAAUCAUACAUGUUCAUUUCCAACAUUUUAGUGGAUGGGCAGAUGGAACAUUAAUUGAAACAAAUACACGGGGAUGGUUUCCACUUAAAUAUACAGAACCAUACACUUUGAUUGCAGUUAGACCCGUGGUUACAGCGAGCAAUGGAUUGUAUACACUUUUUUUGGCCUCUAAAACUGAAGAAUAUAUUACCGGAGUAACUGGUUUGAUAUCAGGUGUUCGAGAGCUUUUAAUGCGGACAAAUACAUUAACAUAUGAUUCAUUAGUCAUAAAUAACAAUCCUGCUGCUUGUCAUAAGCGAAAGCUUUUAUUAAGUGGACUUAACAGACUUAUUAGUUUUGCAAAAAAUAUAUCAGAAGAGUCAUCAGUACAUCCUAUCAAUAAAGAUAUUUCCAAAGAAUUAGUAUUUCAGUUAGAUAAAAUUGUUUUAUGGUCAAAACAGCUUGCACAUUUAAUCGGGCCAGAGAAGAGGGCCUAUAAUGAAUCGAUAUUACUACCAACGUCCACAUUAACUAAAGAAUUUCCUAGUGAUGUAUAUGCUCAUCAUAAAGUUACAUCAGCGGAAUCUUUUAUUGUAUCAUUAGAAGAUCAAAUGGACAAAUUAUACAAUGUUGAUUCAAAUAUUCCUCAAUUAUCAAACAGUUCAUUUCAUUCUCAAACAUGCUAUAAUCCGGCAAGUGCAUUUCAUAACCUAAUUACUAUAAACGAUGAAUUUCUUUCUAAUCUUGCAUCACUUAUUGGACAUCUUCACUUGCAUUCUCAUGCAUCUAGUCAACUUCUUGAUACAAUUAAACAAUGCAUUUAUGCUGCUCGAAAGCUUCUUUCAGUUAUUGAACAAAUUUUAACUAAAUAUCCGAAUACACAACUAUAUAUUGCAAAAGAAGGUUUUAAUUCAAAGACAACAUCUUUUAUAGCCACUGCAAAAAAAGUAAUCACAGCUCACUAUUCUACUUCAAAUGAUAGUAAUAAAGGAAGUGUUGUCGAUGAAUUAGAAUGCAAACAACUAAUGGAUUCUGCUGCAAGUUGUGUUCACGAUGCUGGUCAAUGUGUCACUAAAGCAAAAUUUAUCCUUAGGACAACAGGAGAUUUUAAUAUUCCCGUGUUUUUCCCUAAACAAAAAAGCAGCGUACAAUUGCUGCCAAUUAGCGCAUUUUCUUCAAGGAAUUCACAAAUUUCAGAUGAAAAUAAAUUACGUCGGGAAACAUAUAAACCAUAUAAUAUUUUUUCUACUUCUCAAUCUGAAAAACCUUCAUUAAAUAUCUUAAGGAAACAUCAAAAUGAGCAUUUACCAUCUUAUCCUGAAAUAUCUUCUCGAGAAUCUAUAAAUCAUGAAAAUCACUCUUACAUAAGCAAUGAUACAGAAUUUGAUGUUAGACAGGAACCUGAUAAAUGUUUUAGGGAAAAUUUGGUAUUACCUCGUUUGUUAUCAGCAAAAUCGUCUCCUAUAUUAUCUCAUUCAUAUUCAUCUGCUUUAGAAUGUAAUGAAAAAACAGCAUUGGAUAAUAGAUUGAAAACUCUCCAAGAUCUUCCUAGUGGGACAGCAUCUAGCUUUGCUAGCAGUGAAAGGUUUUCUAUCACAUCUAGUUAUACAGAGCAUAUAAGCUCUCCUGCAACUAGUCCCGAGCCUAUUGAGCUAGAUAAUACUUCCAGAGAAAAAGAGAAGAAUUCCAAACAUAUUUUAUUCAACCAAGAAGGACAGGUUAUUGGUGCAUCUUUAUAUGCCCUGGUUGAAAGAAUGACAUUGCAUGAUACAACACCGGAUGCCAUUUUUUCAUGUACUUUUUACCUCACAUUUCGUCUUUUUACUACUCCUCGUGAUCUUGCUAUAGCAUUAGUAGAAAGAUUCCCUACCAACAAGCCAAUCAAUGCGGAUCAUAACUGGGAUCAAUAUUACGCUAUACCUAUAAGAUUAAGAGUCUAUAACGUAUUUAAGACCUGGAUAGAAAGUUAUUGGCAUAAAGAUUCUGAUGAAGAUGCUCUUGAUAUUAUUAAAGAUUUUAUUUCUCAAUGUCUUAUUAAAUAUCUUCCGCAAGUAAGUACGCGUUUAGAAGAGUUGAUUAAUAAAGUUCUUUCUAAAACUGCAUCGAAUAAUCAUUUUUUGAAUAUCUCGAGGAGAUUAUAUAAUUCGUCUAAUAGAUCUUUGUGUUCGGAUCUUUCUAUGCCAUCUGCUAUUAUUUCAAAAAAUUUGCUCACACAAUUAAGGACUACAUCAUUGAAUGAUAAUCCAGAUGCUUUUAGUAUAACCGAUUUUGAUCCUCUUGAAAUUGCUCGUCAGCUUACUCUAAAAGAAUCUAAACUGUUUUGUUUAAUUUUACCAGAAGAAUUAAUUAAAUUAAGAGCCUCGCGGAAAACCGAUACAUAUACAACUGUUAAAGCAAUGGCUGCUUUAAGCACAGAUAUCGCUGGUUGGGUUGCAGAAAGCAUUUUAUCCCAAAACGAUAUAAAAAAACGUGCUCAUGUAUUAAAACAAUGGAUAAAAAUAGGAAACAAAUGCUUGGAACUAAAUAAUUAUAACACAUUAAUGGCAAUUCUUAGUGCUUUAAAUUUAUCUACCAUAUCUCGUUUAAAAAAAACAUGGAACACAUUAUCUACAAAAUCAAAAAAUAUUUUUGAAAAUCUUCGAUCUAUAACAGAUUAUUCUCGUAAUUAUGCGCUCUACAGAUCUCGUUUAAAGGAGCAUAUACCUCCGUGCCUACCGUUUCUUGGUUUAAUUUUAACAGAUAUUACAUUUAUUGAAGAAGGGAAUCCAUCAUAUCGUCCUUUUAAAAAUUCUACAACAGCGAAGCAUUCUAUUCAACUUAUUAACUAUGAUAAAUAUAUCAAAAUCUACUCAAUAAUUUCUAAACUUCAACAUUUUCAAGAACCAUAUAAACUUGAAUUUGUUGAAGCGUUGCAAACAUGGAUUGAAUCACAAAUAUCACGUAUACGUACAAAAGGACAGAACAAUGUGACUGAGCUCUGGAGAAGGUCACUUGCUCUAGAGCCAAAAACGCAUUCUCAAUCUUUGCAACAAAAUGAUCAAAUAAAAAAUGAUACAGGUAGUGGUAUAUUUAUUGCUGAGAAGAUAUAUCGGAAUUCUGACGCAAAAAAGAGCUAUUAUAAUAUUAAAUUCCCUAUCGAUUGGACAGUAAAUCCACUAGUUAGACAAGUUAUAUAACUAAAUAUUUUUUAAAAGACAUCACAUAUUUUUGAUUACGAUACUAAACAUAAAUUCACACGAAUAA